AUGCUGUCGUCCACUCUCACUGCCCUGCUGGCAGUUGUCGGUCUUGCUACGGCCACAGCGAUAGGCAAUCAUGAGCGAAGCAAUACAGCAAGACAGGCAACGGCAGACUAUGAAGGGUACAUGUUUGCCUACUUCACCGGCAAUACGGUCGAGGGAGAGAAGAUCUACUUCGCUGCCAGCAAUGGGAACGAUGCUCUCGAUUGGGCGGAGCUUGAUGGAGGGAAACCAGUGCUUGCUUCUACGAAAGGCACGACUGGACUACGAGAUCCAUUCAUCAUGAGGAGUCAAGACGGUGGAACGUUCUACUUGCUUGCUACAGAUCUAUCCAUCGGAUCUGGAACUUCUUGGGGUGACUCUGUGAGAAAUGGAAGUCGGUAUGUCUCGUGCUCAAAACUCUGGCAUCGGAAGCUUUGCUGAUCGCAUCUAAUGCAGGUACCUUGAGAUCUGGGAGUCUAACGAUCUAGUCACCUGGUCUGAACAGCGCCAUGUCCUUGUAUCGCCGCCAACAGCGGGCAUGACUUGGGCUCCCGAGGCACACUAUGACACAGCAAUCGACCAGUACGUCGUUUACUGGUCGUCCGCAUUGUACGCAGAAGACGACCCUGGGCAUACCGGUACUUCUUACAAUCGAAUGCUGUAUGCGACGACCACAGACUUUGUUACCUUUAGCAAACCUCAAAUCUGGCAGGACUCUGGACUCUCUAGAAUCGAUUCGACCGUGCUCCAGGUCGAUGACACUUACUACCGCUUUACCAAAGACGAGGGAGGCGCUGCUACUGGAUGCACAGAUAUCAUUCAGGAAUCUUCGCAAGAUCUCCUGGCCCAGGUGAAGGGAUGGAAGACUGUCGCAAGUUGCAUUGGAAAGAAGGCGGGCCUAAAGGCUGUGGAAGGACCUACGUCCUUCAAGUCGAAUCCGGGCGAUGUCCACGGCGACCACUAUUACCUCUUCGUCGACGAGUACGGCGGCCGCGGCUAUAUUCCUCUACAAACUGCGAAUAUUUCACAGCCGGACUGGCAGGUCCCAUCGGCCUACAAGCUACCCGCCAGGCCUCGCCAUGGCACCGUACUUCCCAUCACUGCGGCAGAGCUCCUGCGUCUGCAGAAGGCCUCCAGCGCCUGA